CCCUCGCCUCCUAGAACCAGGACAAAGCCCUCUGGCAGUGACUGGGAGGGAAACAGGAGGAGGGACAGAGGAAUGGGAAAGGCUGCACAAAGGAAUUCCUCACACCAAGCCCCCUGGCCGCCAGCUCCAGCGAGGAAAGAACCGACCUCCUUUCCCGCUCACUCGCACCCAUCUUCGGCUGGGCUCCGGCCAUAGAGCUUCUUCAGGCCUUCCGAGAGGACCCACACUUCUUCCUGUAGGUGGCAACAGUGACACCUGUUUGAUCAGUGAGGCUGAGCCAGGGACUGCCAGAGGGAGGAGGCAGACUACUCGGAGAGGAGCUGGGAAGCAGAGCUGCGCACCCCCUGAGUACAAGGUCUUCGCCAUGACUGAGUCACCCGGCUGCUGCUCCAUCUGGACCCGCCGCCUCCAGUGCCUGUAUAGCUGCCACUGGAGGAAAUAUCCUAAACAGAGGAGGCAAACCAGCAAGUGUGACUGCGUCUGGUUUGGCCUGCUCUUCCUCACCUUCCUCCUGUCCCUGGGCUGGCUGUACAUCGGGCUCAUCCUUCUCAAUGAUCUACACAACUUCAACGAAUUCCUGUUCCGCCACUGGGGUCACUGGAUGGACUGGUCCCUGGUACUCCUGCUGGUCACCUCUCUACUGGUCACAUAUGCAUCCUUGCUAUUGCUCCUGGGCCUGCUCCUGCAGCUCUGUGGACAUCCUCUGCAUCUUCACAGUCUCCACAAGGUGCUACUGCUCCUCAUUAUGCUUCUGGUGGCCACUGGCCUGGUGGGACUGGAUAUCCAAUGGCGGCAGGAGUGGUAUAGUUUACGACUGUCACUGCAGGCAACAGCCCCGUUCCUUCACAUCGGAGCAGUUGCUGGAAUCACCUUCCUGGCCUGGCCUGUGGCUGAUACCUUCUACCGUAUCCACCCAAGAGGCCCCAAGGUUCUACUACUGUGCGUAUUUUUUGGAGUCACCCUGGUCAUCUACUUGGCCCCCAUAUUCAUCUCCUCCCCCUGCAUCAUGGAACUCAGAGACUUACCCCCCAAGCCUGGGCUGGUGGGACACCGAGGGGCCCCCAUGCUGGCCCCGGAGAAUACCCUGAUGUCCCUGCGGAAGACAGCUGAAUGUGGAGCUGCUGUGUUUGAGACAGAUGUGAUGGUCAGCUCUGACGGAGUCCCCUUUCUCAUGCAUGAUGAGCGGCUGAGCAGGACUACCGAUGUAGCCUCUGUGUUUCCAGAGCGAAUGUCAGCUCACAGCAGUGACUUUUCCUGGGCUGAACUGCAGAGACUCAAUGCUGGAGCCUGGUUCCUAGAGAGACAGCCGUUCUGGGGGGCCAAAGAGCUGUCAGGCUCUGACCGGCGGGAGGCUGAGAAUCAGACAGUACCAGCAUUAGAGGAACUACUGAAAGCAGCAGCAGCCCUCAACCUCUCCAUCAUGUUUGACUUGCGCCGACCCCCAAGAAACCACACAUACUAUGAGACUUUUGUGAAUCAGACGCUGGAGGCUGUGUUGAAUGCAGGCGUGCCCCAAGCCAUGGUUCUUUGGCUGCCGGAUGAAGAUCGUGCUUAUGUGCAGCAUCGGGCUCCCAGAAUGCGCCAGAUAUAUGGCCAUCAGGAUGACAACGGGACAGAGACGCUCCAGUUUCUCAACCUACCCUAUCAAGACCUUCCGGUGUUGGAUAUCAAGGCACUGCACCACAGCAAUGUCUCCGUGAACCUAUUCGUAGUGAACAAGCCCUGGCUCUUUUCCCUGCUCUGGUGUGCAGGGGUAGAUUCAGUCACCACCAACGACUGCCAGCUGCUGCAGCACAUGCGUUACCCCCUCUGGCUUCUUCACCCUCAAACUUACUUAAUGAUAUGGAUCAUCACCAACUGUGCCUCCAUUCUACUGCUUUCGUGUAUCUUCCUCCUCCUAGGUUUGGAGACUCCCUGGGUUGUAAGGUCGUCUUGCUGCAAGUUGGUGGAACUCGCAAUAGAAAGACUUUCUCUCCAUAGGAGAUGUGCUAAGAGAAACAGAGCUGGCUUAGAAACAGCCGUGCUGCUAACCAAGAUCAACAACGUCAUGGCGGAGUGAAUACCGAACUCAUGCCCCCAUCAUCUGCAGUCUAAUGCCCGUGUGCACUGGCCAAGGGGAAGGAAAGGAGCUGAAGUGGAAUGUCCCGGCAGAAAAUGUUUGCAGGAGGGGAGCAUGGCUUUUGAACUGAGGGCCCUCUGUCCAGAUGGUGGGCCUGUCUCGAGCUGCCAUGGAAUUUGCUGCCUUUGAUAUUUUGACAAAAAUUAGUUGGAAAGACAGUGAGUGACAAGAAGUUACUCCCAAAAUGAAAUUAAAACAAGGAAGUGAGCGAGAUUGCCAAGAUAAUGCCGUGGGCCUGUGUGCACAUGUACUUGGGUAGAAGACGCAGGGUGUGUCAGGGUGGGAUAGCUCAGAAUGAUGACUGGAGGAAAUUUGGCAAAAUGGCCUUUCCUGGAGUACUUUAAGAUGAUGAAGACAGUCCCCACUCUAUGCCCUUUCUCUCCUCACCCUCUCAAUUUAGCUUCUUUCCUGCCUACAGGUUGGGAGCUAAAAAGCUCAUUUAGCAACACAAUUCUGUGCCUACGGUGGCUUUUUGUUGUGAGCAAUGAAUGGUUCCUGUAUCUUGCCUGUUAAUCUGGUAUUCAAUGAAUUUUUAAUUGUCA